AUGAACCACCAAAGAAAGGACCAAAAAACCACUAAAACCACCAACGAAACCACCAAAGAAUCACUAACAAAAGUACCAAAGAAUAUCAAAGAACCAUCAAACAAUAAUCAACAAAACACCAAGAGAGAUCCAAGGUUAUUAAAUGCUGAGGUUGACAAUUCAAUUUUAAUGCAACAGUUGUUUGAUAUUCAAGAAAAUAAACAAAAGUCCAAUAUAUUUUAUGCUAAAAGUUUUAUCCAAGCAUGUAAAAUAAUCCAAAAUGAAAAAAUAGAUGAAUGCAGUUCUGAAAGUGAUGAUGAAAUGGAAGAUGAUUAUGAGCAAGA